AUGAGUGAAGUGUGGCAAGUUUUUAUUAAAACUGACUGUGGUUUACGUGCCCAAUGUCAAAUAUGUAAAAAGACGUACGCCAAUUCAGGUACAAAUACAACGAAUUUAUGGAAUCACCUUCAGUCCAAGCACAAGCCAAAAUUUAAAGAGUUGGAUGAUCAGCGCAAAGGCCUUUCAGGAUCGCCAUCCUCGUUUUUAGUUAACAUUGAUGAAUGUGAUGAUGAGGGUUCAUUUUCAUCAACAGCAACAACAAUUCCAUGUUCAGUAAACAGUACCAGCUCAAAAAUGAAAAAUGAAAAAAAAAUGAACCAAUUACCAAUUACAUCCUAUACACUUACUGCAACUGCUCAGGCAAGAAUUGACAAUGUGCUAGCUUAUUUCAUUUCUACAGAUAUGAUGCCGUAUAGUAUUGUCACAAAAGAUGGAUUUAAAAUGUAUACAAAUGCCCUUAAUGCUAGCUAUAAAAUUCCAAGCCGCAAAACAAUGACUGAAUCAAGGAUAACUUAUCUCUACAAGGUGACUAAGGACAAUGUUGAAACUAUCGCAAAAAAUACAUUGUUCAUGUCAUUCACUACUGACUGUUGGACAUCAGUAGCAAAUCAGCCAUUUAUGGCUUUGACAGGUCAUUAUAUUGACAAUGAUUUUAAUUUAGGUUGUAUAUGUUUGGGAUGUAUUGAACUCAUUGAAGAUCAUACUGGUGACAAUAUAGCGGAUGCAUUGAUUAUGUUACUCUUGGAAUAUAAUAUUGAAAUUCCAAGCCAAAAAAUAUGUUCAUUUACAACUGACCAUGGAUCUAAUGUAUUAAAAGCAGUUAAAAAUUUGAAUAUUACUCAUACACCAUGUUUUGGGCAUGCUUUUAACAUAGCUGUCGGAAGAAUAUUUCUUCUUCAACAACUGGCAGGCAGUAAGACAUUUAAAAACUGA